AUGGAAGGUUACGGUUCGCCAAGAUUUGCCCUGGGAGAUCAAUGGGAGAUGUACCAGGAACGUUUGGAGCAGUACUUCGUUGCGGUUGAUUUGGAAGAGGAGCGUAAAUCCGCUGUACUCCUAACAUCGAUUUCGCUUGAGGUAUACCAGACGGUGAAGAAUAUUUGUUACCCUGCCAAACCAAACACCAAGACGUACGACGAGCUGUGUGGAUUGCUGAAAGGAAGAUUUUGUGCGACGGUUGUUACUUAUCGGGAGAGAGCUUUGUUCUACCGGGCGCGGCAAGAACCAGACGAGAGCGUUUUGGAAUGGCAUGUGCGGUUGAAGAGGCUGUCGCUGAACUGUGAAUUCGGCGAACAUUUGGAUCACGCUUUGAAGGACAUUUUUGUCACGGGACUUCGACCUGGACCGAUUUUUGAAAGAUUGUGCGAAGAGGAUGACGCGGUUUCGUUGGAGGAUUUGCUCAAAAUAGCGUCGAAACGUGAAGCUACAUUGAAGAAUCGAGCGGUCCUGGAGGUGAACAAGAUCGUUGAGAAGAAACCCAAUUACGUUCCGAAAUCAUUCAAGAAAACUGGAUCUGCUACGUGUUACGCCUGCGGUAAAGCCAAUCAUGAUUUCCGCAGCUGCCAGUAUCGAAGUUAUGUCUGCAAGAUCUGCAAAGAAAAGGGACAUAUUGCCGUGGUCUGUCCAAGGAAGACGAAGGAAAACCUCGGACGGAAGGAUAAAACCGUGAACCAUUUGGAGAUCAACAACAUGGCGUACAGUGACCCUUAUUGUGUGAGUAUUAGCGUGAAUGGAAGGAACACGAAGUUUGAGGUGGACACUGGAUCACCAAUUACCGUUAUCUCGGAGGAAUUUUAUGAGUCGCAGUUCGGAGAAUUUCCCCUACGCCCGUUCCAAGGAAAGCUGGUAUUCUAUACUGGCGGCGAAGCUACACCAAGAGGAGCAUUCGAUGCAGUAUUGAAGUAUCAAGGCGUACAAGCGGUUGGUCAAGUUGUGGUGGUUGAAGGUGGAAGGAACCCUCUGAUCGGAAGAGAUUUCAUUGGCGACUUGCUGAAAAUCAAAUUUAACAAAAUCGAUGCUGAACAAACGGAGAAUUUGGAAGAGCGGCUGAAACCAGUGCUGAACCGUUACGAAGACUUGUUUGACGAUUCUUUGGGCUGCUACAAGUAUUCGAAAGUUAGUCUGCAGCUAAAGCCAGAUGCCGUUCCGAAGUUUGUGAAGCCAAGGAAAAUUCCGAUUUCGUUCCAACCAAAAGUUGAAGAAGAACUGGAAAAGCUCGAGAAAACCGGUAUCAUUUCGAAAGCUGAGAAUGCUGAUUGGGGAACGCCAUUGGUUCCGGUAUUGAAGAAGGACAAUUCGAUCCGGUUGUGUGCUGAUUACCGUGUAACAGUGAAUCCGUUUCUGGAAGACAAACGUUACCCUAUGCCUGUGGCCGAAGACAUUUUUGCCAAACUCAACGGAGGAAAGUUCUUUUCGAAACUCGACCUGAAAUCAGCAUACAAUCAACUUUUGCUUGACGAAGAAUCGAAGAAGAUGUUGGCUUGGAGCACGCAUAAAGGAAUCUACUAUGUGAACAGAUUGCCGUUUGGAACAAAACCUGCUUGUGCUAUUUUUCAAGAGAUCCUGGAGAGGCUAUUGCAAGAUUGCCCUGGAUGUGUCAACUUUCUGGAUGAUGUGCUGGUGACCGGAGCAACUAUCGAGGAACACCUGAACAAUCUGUCGAGAGUAUUAGAGAAGCUUUGGGAUGCUGGAUUCCGGCUCAACAAAGGUAAAUGUGAAUUUUUCAAGCAACGACUCCAAUUUUUGGGACACAUCGUGGAUGGAGACGGUCUUCACAAAGAUCCGGAGAAAGUUCGAGCGAUUAUGGAUGUGGCGAGACCAGCAAACGUGAAACUACUACGAGAAUUUCUUGGAAUGGUUACGUACUACUCGAAGUUCAUUCCGAACGUAUCAGCUACACUUAGUCCAUUGUACCGGCUGUUGAAGAAGGAUGUGAACUAUGAAUGGACUUCCGACUGCGAGGCUGCGUUCCAGGAUAUCAAGCUGAAGAUUUGCUCGGACAACGUGUUGAUUCCAUACAAUCCUGAUUGGCCGGUAGUAUUAGUUACGGAUGCUUCUGGCAAAGGCAUUGGUGCUGCGCUAUUUCAAGUGUGUCCAGAUGGAAAUCAAAGACCAGUGACUUUUAUUUCAAGAGUACUGAAAAACCACGAGAAGGAAUACUCUCCGCUGGAUAUGGAAGCUUUGGCUGUGUAUUACGCUGUUCGAAGGUUGAGCGGUUAUCUACUUGGACGAAAUUUUACGAUUUGGACCGAUCAUCAACCGUUAGUAUCACUUUUUGGACGAAAAGGCAUUCCGGAUAUGGUGUUCGGCAAGCUGCAGCGCUGGGCAGUGUUCCUGGCCAAUUAUGAUUACGAGAUCAAAUACAUUAAAGGAGUCAGCAACAAGGUGGCCGAUUUUCUAUCAAGAUCUCCGGUAUUGUGCUGUGAGGACGACGAUAUUAACGAUGAAGAAGCGAUGUACCUGCAGUUCAUAGAAUUUGAAACAAGAUCUUUGGUAGAACGGAAGCAGUUAAUUGUUGAAACUCGACGAGAUCCUGACCUGAGUCGUGUUGUGAACUACGUCAAGACUGGAUGGCCAACCAAUGUUCAAGACCCAGAGUUGAAGAAGUUCUUCGUCCGCAGAACAGAGCUAAUCGUGGAAGAGGAAGUACUGAUGUGGGGUUACCGUAUCGUGGCACCUGCGAAACUUCGGACGUUCCUGCUUCAAGAAUUGCACUCAACGCAUAUGGGGAUCGUCAAAAUGAAGUCGUUGGCGAGGAAUUAUUUCUGGUGGCCUAGCAUCGACAAGGAUAUUGAAGACUUGGGUAAGCGAUGUGAACAAUGUAUCCAGUUCCGGCCUGAAUCGGGGAAUGUGCCGAUUUCUCCAUGGAAGCUAUGUUCCCGGCCAUUCGAGCGAGUUCACAUAGAUCAUCUGUUUUUGAAGAAUAAGAACUUCCUGAUCAUAACGGAUAGCUACUCCAAAUGGGUGGAAGUUUAUUUGGUGAGUUCGUUGACGACUAAAGAGACCAUUGAGAAGCUGGAAGAUUGUUUUGGACGAUUCGGAAAUUGCGAUGUUCUGGUGUCGGAUAAUGGAAGAUCGUUUACUGCGGCCGAAUUUCAAGAAUUUUGCAAGGAGAAAGGAAUACGACAUCUGACUUCAGCACCUUACAGUCCCUGUUCAAAUGGUGCGGCUGAAAAUGCGGUGAAGACUUUCAAGUAUGCUUUGAAAAAGAUGCUAACUGAUAGUAAUAGUCGUGGUAAGUCACUUUCUUCAAUGAUGAACCAUUAUCUUCAAAUGUAUCGAGCGACGCCGCAUUGUACAACGAACGAGACCCCAUUCAAACUAAUGUUUGGACGUGAAAUGAGGACUAGAUUUGAUACCUUGCGAAAGGACAACGUUGUGAAACAUGCUGUGAAGACAUGGAAGCAUAACGAAAACAAGAAAGAUACCUGUUUUGCUGUUGGCGAAUCGGUUUAUGCGAGGGACUAUCGAGAUCCUGACAGACAGCGAUGGAUUAAAGCGACGAUUUCAAGAAGGAAAAGCCAAAAUAUUUACGAGUGUGCUGCUGCUGAGCUGGGUACGAUUACACGAAGAACCCAUCAACUGCUGAAAUACGAUUAUGACGAUUAUGAGGACGAUAACAGCGGGGGAAGAGAUCCGGUUGCAGAUGAUGAUCAUGAGCCUAUUCCGGACGAUGAAUAUCAAUCGGCAGAAGAUGAUGCAUUCGAUGAUUCCGUUCCAGUUCAACAACAACGCGGCUACUAUCGUGAUGAUGGAAUAUACGUUUCAAGAAGCAACCGAAUGGUUCGCGCUCCAGACCGGUUCUAG